CCCGCCCCCUGGUGGCGUUUCUGAGGGACUGCAGCUCCAGACUCGGCCCGGGCUCAGCUGUCCAAGGGUUAAGAGGAGUGGAGCUGCAUUCCUAGAUCGGACAGGGAAAGAAGGCGAAGCCGGCUGGUCCUCCCGAGCCCAAGCCCCGCCCUCCGCAGCGCCUUCCUUCCUCGAGAGGAAGGGAUCUGCCCGCUCUCCUCUGGGAUCUGGUGAGCCUCGUCUCCCUUCGCCAGAGGGUGCAUUGGGGAGAAAGGGAGGGGGCGGAGGGGGUCUUCCCAAUCCAUGCAGCGUGGGACCCCCCUCCCCCAUGCACGGUCAAAGGGGAAGGACCCAGGUAAGUCCAGUCCAGGGGGAUGAUGGGGUGCGGCGCUCAUCCUGAUUGGCGGGAGCCGGCCUUGGUCCGCAGACAGCUUUCCGGGUCGGGGGGCCAGCAGGACUAACCCGUUUCUGGCGCAGCGGGACACCGUGAUGAGUCACAGCAGUACCUAUUUAUCUACUCGCUUUCAACCCUGCUAGGUUGCUGGGAGCUGGGACGGAGCCACGGGAGCUCAGCCCGGCUCGCAAAUUUGGACUGCUAACCUCCCCAUCAACAAGCUCAAGAGACCCCAGGACAACCCUGUGCAGUGCAGGAAUCUCCACUAAAAUGCCACCUGCGUGUCCUUGCAGAAAAAGAGGGGAUAGAAAUGUCAUAAAUAAAGAGUGGGACCUCAGCCCAUAAUUAGUUUAUAAUUUGGCUGCUGCAUUUGGCACCAGUUUCCAAGGCAGCUAGGCAGUGCGCUCAGCAAAUGAGACUUUAGUAGAAUCCUAGAAUUGUAGAGUUGGAAGGGACCCUGAAGGUCAUCUAGUCCAACCCCCUGCAAUACAAGAAUGUCAAAGCAUCCAUGACACUUAAAAACUAUCCAUGGAAGGAGAGUCCACCACCUUACAAGGGGAUCUGUUCCACGGUCAAACACCCCUUACCCUCAGAUGUUUAGACAGAAGCACCUUGGAUACAUUGAGUCAACUCCCCUCCUCUCAGGUUCCUCUGUCCUCAUCUCCUUCAACCAUUCACCAUAAGGCAUGGCUUCCAGACCCUUGAUCAUCCUAGUUGACUUCCUCUGCACACCUUCCAGCUUGUCAAUAUACUUUUUAAAUUGCAGUGUCCAGAACCAGACAUGGAACUCCAGGUGGGGUCUCCCCAAGGCAGAAUAGAGCGGUGCUAUAACUUCCCUUUAUCUGAACACUAGACUUCUGUGGGUGCAGCUUAGAAUCGCAUUAGCCUUUUUUUGCUGCUGCAUCACACUGUUGACUUAUCUUCAGCUUUUGGUCUACGAAAACCCCUACGUUCUCCAUCUUACACUUGUGUAGCUGGUUCUUCCUGCCUAAGUGAAGAACCUUACAUUUGUCCCUCUCUUGCAGGUGACAGGAGAUUGCCGGCAAGACCUCCUCAUCCAUCUUUUCUUGGUGCCGGAGGGGAAGCAGUGACUGUGGAACCAGCUCAGGUAGGGGGAAGGAGCCUUGUGGGGAAAGAGGCGGAGGGAGUGGGCAGCCACGAUUCCUGUGGAGUCAAACGAAUCUCUCACCUCUUCCUCUUGGCUUCUGUCAAAACUGCCCUUAACAAAGACUGACAAUGUUACUGAAGAAGAUUUAUGUACUGAGAUUAAGGAACAUCCACCUCACCUUAAUUCUUCUUCUGAAUGUUGUCACCAUUAUUUAUUGAUCAUUGCUGUUUUAUUUGUCUACUUAUUGUGAAAUACUAAAAUACAUUUCUCAUCAGUUUGCAAACCAUAAAAAACAGUAACCAUGAUUCACCUAACCAGCCCCAUCUAUUGCACAAUGGGACUUUCCCACCCCCACUACGUUGUGCCCCAUGUGCCCUUGGAGGUGGCCUAAUGCACACAAUGAAACACACAAAAAUAAUUCCAUUAAGACAUUAAAAGAAGUGCGGUAACAAUCCCAUUAAAACUGUGCAGUACUUAACAGGCAGGAAACAACAAAACAAUUCAUAGCAGAUAAUCGUUAUUCUGGCUAAGAGGAGGACCUCUCUCUCUCUCCCUUUCACUCUCUCUCUCUUUUUAACAGUUCACUGUUCUCUGAAGACAUCGCUGUUUGUUUCACGGGAGAGCAGUGGGGAUUACUAGAUCCUGACCAGAAAGCUCUGCAUACGGAAGUUAUAAAGGAGAACUGUGGGACCAUGGCCUUUCUCGGUAAGGUUCCCUGUUGGAACUUAAUAUCUGUUUUGAUAUUCCAUAUAUAUACCUAUGUGGUGAACCUCCUAGACUUUGAUGGAGUUGAACCGCACCACCUACAGCAUCUGGGAUUCUCACACCCACACAAUUUACCUUGAAUGGUGCACUGUUGACUGUUUUGCCUGUGAAUAUUCUUCCACCACUUAUGCCUUUUUAAGCAAGGAGCAGGCUGGUCUGAACUGCCCGGUCGUUUUUAAAUGUAGACUUCAGAGUGGUUAGUGAAAUGGAAAUAGCUUCUGUCAGGUUUUAUUUUUUAAUUGAAAGUAUUCACCAUAAUAUAAAUACCAAACUAAUCUAAAUAAACAUAGAGAAGAAAAUAACAAACCAAAAAGAAAGAGAAACCAAUAUCUCUUUGCCAUUCUUUGAAACUUCCUGCAAUGCCAAUCACUGGAGCUGGCUGGAAUAAUUCGGGAUUCAAUGUGGUUAGCUGGACUGUCAGAUUUUCUGUUUCUGCUUGUCAGUUUUGGAUGGCCAAAGAGACUACUGACCUUGGAGAUGGUGUGGAUUCCAUGAUAGGGCCAAAAAAGUACAUCCCACAAAAAAGCCAGGCCUUUUGAGUCAGGUUGCCCUAAAUAUCUCAGUGAAUGCCAGUCCAGAAAGGCAGUGGUUCCUUUACUAAGACCUCCCAUCUAAGACCCCAUAGGGCUUCCUAUAACGGAAGCAGUGGUGUGCUUUAUUCAAUAAUUGUGGACUCUCCUUCCUCCUGAUGCUCAAAUCCAUAUCUCUCUUUGCUGCAGGUGGUGAUGAGUUAGAAAUUAAGAACCAGCGAAUCCAUGACAAAAUCCACACAGUGGAGAACCCAUAUCAAUAUGUGGAGUGUGGAGAGAGCUCUCAUUCCUCAUCCCAUCCAAGAAAUCCCAUUGGGAAGAAAAUGUAUCAGUGCUUGGAAUGUGGGAAGAGCUUCCAUCAGAGGUCCCAUCUCACGGCCCAUCAAAGAAUUCACACAGGGGAGAAACCCUAUCAGUGCUUGGAAUGUGGAAAGAGCUUCAACAUGAAACAAAAUCUCACUACCCAUCAAAGAAUUCAUAAAGGAGAGAAACCUUAUCAGUGCUUGGAAUGCGGGAAACGCUUCAGUACAAAGGCCUAUGUCACUUCCCAUCAAAAAAUCCAUACAAGGGAGAAACCAUAUAAGUGCUGGGAAUGUGGAAAGAGCUUUGACUGGAAAUAUAAUCUCACUUCCCAUCAAAGAAUUCAUACAAAACCUUUUCAGUGCUUGGAAUGUGGAAAGAGCUUCAGUGAAAGCAUCAAACUCACUGCCCAUCAAAUAAUUCAUACAGGGAGAAACCAUUUCAGUGCUUGGAAUGUGGAAAGCGCUUCUCUCGGAGUGACUCUUUCACUUUCCACCAAAGAACUCAUACAGGUGAGAAACCCUAUCAGUGCUUGGAAUGUGGAAUGAGAUUCACUCAGAAAGGAAGUCUCACUUCCCAUCAAAGAACUCAUUCCUGGGUGAGCCCACACAAAUGCUUGGAAUGUGGAAGGACUUUUAGUCAGGACUCCUAUCUCAUUUCCCAUCAAAUAAUUCAUACUAUGGAGAGACCGUAUAAAUGCUUGGAAUGCGGAGAGAGUUUUAGUCAGGAGUCCUUUCUCACUUCCCAUCAAAGAACUCACAGCAGGGAGAAUCAGAUUCCCCAAGAAUCAUUGAAUUGUUGCAUUGGAUUGGACGGUGAGAGUCGUCUUCUCCAAGCCCCUGCAAUGAAGGAUAUUCAACAAAAGAAUUCAUAACAGAUGGCCACCCAACCUUUGAGAUCUUUGGGUGAAAGCCAUCAUACAAGUGUAAUAAAUCAAAUAAAUAGCAAAGCAGUCGUAAACAAUAAAACAGUAGAAUACACAACCAAAUCGAAGAAUAACCACAUAAACCACAACAAGAUCUAAAACAAAUAUUCAAAACCCUACAGCAACCCCCCCCCCAAAUAUCCUAAGCCAAAGAGUCUGUUCAGCAGCCUCAGCUUUUGUAGCUGGAGUCUCUCCUUCCAUCCAUCUCACUGGGCCCUUCUCUCCCAGUCUAGGUGGGAAAAGGCCUGCAAGGCAAGGAGAUGGUAUUCCAGGACUGGCAACCAAGAUGGUUUUUGGCCUCUUCAGGAGAGACUGAUGGAGGAUGGGGUGAAGAGAGAGGGGGUGGUAGUUGUGAAGGAGGGUUGGUUAGAUCAGUAGUAGAGGAGUAGAGGAACAGCAUAAAGAUGCGCGUUGUUACCAUUGUAAUUAAGUAAAAAAGAAGCAGGAACAUUUGAAACCACAUGCUUAUGUACACAAACAUGAAUUUAUUUUUCAUUUUUCAUUAAAACAGGUAUACUACACCAGCUUUGUAAUUCCUUUCUACAUUAGGGGUGAAGUUUUCAGAUAGGAGUUCUCUGGGGUGGCAGUGGGAAUAAGGGUGUGUUUGGUGAAAGGUAGGGUUGCCAGUCAAGUAGGAUUCCUGACACCUGCAAAUUUGUUGAAUUUGUUGACUUUUUUACGGAAAUCUCUCCCCCCCCCCCCAUAGUGAUGUUUAACUUUUUGAACUUUUUCCACUGCUUUUUCCAUCACGUUGCCAUACAUCUGGUUUUCGCCUGACAUUUUGCCAAUUUGGCAAAACUCCCCCUUGACACCAAUUUUACACCCAGAAACCAAGACGUCAGGACAUAUGGCAAGCCUAGAAAGGCCCAAUAAAGUCCCAUCUUCUAGCUGUGCUUCCUGAAUGCAUUGGGAACGUGGCACAGGAGUGUGUGGGCACUGCCAGAACAAAGGGGGGAGGGUGGCACAACACAAGGAGAUAAACUUUGCCUCUGCAUGGUACAUUCUGAAAUGUUUAAAUGUGCUGCAGAAAAACAAACUCUUGUAACACCCCUAAAAGGUGGGCCAGUAGUGUUACCCAAAUAAUGCAGGAGGUUGAAGAGAAGGGGGGGGAGGGGUGUAAGUCAGAUACUGUUCCCUGCAAGUUGCACACUGUAGCGGAUUCACUCUGCUAACUGCCCCCAGUGAAAUUUAGCACACCCACCGCAUGGUACGCCAAUUAAAUGAAUUUCUGCAAUUUUUGUGGGGGUCUUGUGUGAGGGAAACUUCAACUAUGGGAGUCUCAGACAGAAUAAGAAAAGUUUGAUUUACAAAAAAGAGGUUGGUGAAACAGUUGGUUCAGGAGAUGCAUACUUCCAGGUAGAAGUUAGCUUAUUACUUAAAUUAAAUGUAAGGAUGUCACAGGCUUAAACACAGUACCAUAUGCACAACUUUUCUUAAACCUCAGUUGCUGAAAAUCAGAAAUCCGUUUGUACCCUUCAGGUAGAUGCUCCUGUUUCUAGACGAGGUGGGAAAAUGCUCAACUUGGUUUCUGUUACUUUUCUCUUGCUCCUUAGUUAUGGCAGGUGUGGCAGCUCAAUCCUUUUGACCCAGACCAGCUUCCUUUCCCUCAGCCUCCCUCUCUCUCAGCAAUGCCCCUCCUGAGGCGUUUCAUUUUGGGCGCCUGACCCAGGGGAUCCCUCCGCGCCCUUCCCUGGCUGGGGAUCCUUCUUUCUGCCAGACUCGGUCCGUCACACACACAAUCCAUUCGGAUAUUUGCUGCCUAGUGACACCUCUCUUGGGCCCUCCGGCAUCUGCCGAACCUGUUUAGGUGCUGAUUUUAUAGGAUUGGAUAGUUUUGGCUUUUCAAAAUUCUGGUUUUAAAGUGGGGGUGUCUGGGAGGAGCGUUGCGCUCUGUCUGCCUCCUUGCGCUGGGAAAGUGCCGGGGACAUUGCCCUCUUACUGGGGCAGAAGGAAGGGAAUUGCUAUGCAGAACGGGCGGAGGGGAGGAAAGAGAAAAGAACCCACGCAGGAAGGGGGUCCCCCCCACCCCCCGUUUCCAAGGGAGGGAGCAGCUCAGCUCGCCAGCCAAGAGGCGCCCCCCCCAAUCCUCCUGCUUUGGAGAGGGAGAGAAGGGGCGCUCGGCUG